UGGUCACAUAGAGGGACCAACAUGUCAUUGAGUCAAACAAGACCUUGAACAUCACAGCUGGUGGAGCUUCAUGUUUUUUAUGUCCCAGCAGAAGUGUGGGACUUCAAGCUGAAUACAGUUCCUGUAGCUCUUACUAGCAAAUUUGUCUCAGCUGGAUUUAUAAGGGUGUCUCCUCACAUCACGUUAAGAGUGCUGCGGGAGAGGCUUGGAGAGUACCUGGGUGGAGUGACAAAUGCAGAUAAAUUCAGAUUUUUAAAAUGCACUGGGAAAAAACUAGCAGUGGUGAAAGCAAAGCAGGAAACAGAACUGGAACUGAAGUCAUUUGCUCCUCCUUAUGCACUUUAUCCUGAAUUCUAUUUAUUACCUGGAGUGGAAUAUUUUGAAGAUGUUUAUUCAUUACCAUCAUCAGCUCAACAAAAACAUCACGUUACUGAAGAAGAAAAUAGGUUUGGUCAUGGAUCAAGAUUAUCCAGCCUUUCCCAGCAGAAACCUGAAAAAAGCAAACCGUUUUGUAUACAAAGCAGGCAUCAGGUAGAAGAUCUGGAAGUGUGCUGUCCUGUGGAAUGGGGUGAAAAAGAACCUGUUCCAGUUUCACAUACAAAUAAUAAGCAAGACAGUAACAGCAGGAUUCCAGAAACACAAUUUGGAGAAAAAGAUCAAAGUGGAUCUGAUGGAUCUCUCUUCAUGCCAAGUUAUUCAAAUCCUGCAGAUCAGGAGACUGGAAAGUGUGACCUGGUAUUCCAGACCUCUGACUCUGAUCUCAGCCAAGAUCAAGAAGACUGCAAUGCUCCAAAGUGGAAUGGCAAAGCCAAAGGAACUGCUCUUUCUCAUGUAAGCCCCAGUGACGAACAAAGCCAGGAACUAGGAAACAUGGAAAAUAAUGAGCACCAAAAAGAUACCAAAUUAAGAAGAGACAGAACAGAGGAUGCUGAAAUUCUUAAAAUAAUGGAAGACCAAACUACAGAUUAUGUCCACAAAAAACAAAGCUUGCAGCAAAAUAGAACUAAGAAGACUAGAGCCGGUCUUGGUGAAAAACUGGAUAAUCAGGCAAAUAAAGACAAGCAAAAUCAUCCUUCUUGUCCAAAAGGGUAUAUUUCACCUCCUAGUCCACCAUUUUUGGCACUUACUGUAAAUCCAGCUCAAGUUCCUGCAGUUCCAGCAGCGAAAAACAAGAUGAACAAGAUAGUAGAAGAAUUGCAACAAAUGAAGAAAGAGAGAAGGCACAUGGAAAAAACUAGAGAAGAACUGAUCAAAAAAGCUAAAGGGCUGCUGGAACAAAAUAAGCUGAGGAGAUACCAUGUUCGUGAGGAAUGGAAGAAAAAGUACUUUCAAGCUAAGAAAGCUACAGUUUCACUGGAGGACACUUUAAACAAACUGCAACAAGAUUUAGAGCUUUACCAUCAGAAAUUGCUCUUGCAAUUGGAAGCUAGAGAUAGCAAAAAACAACCAAACAAUACAACCUCCAAGAAUUACACAAUCAUCCGGAUUGCUACAGUGCAGCAUGAACUCGAUCAACUGAGAAGGAAGCUAGAUGAUACAAAAAUGAGACUCCUAAUAGGAGUUAAGAUGAGAAAGCAGGCAGCAUCUGAUUUACGAGCACUGAGAGCAGAACUGACACAGAAGAAGAUUCAUUCAGCUUUAAUUCUCCAGUCCAGAAAAUCAAGAAUUUAA